AUGGUUGUUCCCGUCUUCGCUGGAUGCUAUGGCACCUGGAGUACUGGGACCACCAAUACUCAAGGUUCCUACGCGACAAAUGCGACGAACUGGCAAGGCUACGAAGGCUAUGACUACUACAACACCCAAACCACGGCGGCCAACACGGCGGCCACCUACAACUACGGCGCCGCCGCCACCUCCAGCUCCUGGGAGACGCCGAAAGCUUCCGACAUGGGCAUGGGCGCCGACGUCAACGCCGGGAUGUCCGUGGCGCCCUACGGCGCCGACGCGGGCGCCGCCGAGAACUCCGACUCCAUCAUCGCCAAAAUCAACCAGCGCUUGGACAUGCUGUCCAAGGAGGGCAGCGGCGGAGCGGCCGAGGGCAUGGAAGACCAGGAGAGCUCUUUCAGGUUCGACUCCUUCGACUCGUACGACUCGAGGUCCUCCAUGAACGACCGCGACCUGUACCGCUCCGGCUACGACUACGGCGACGCCGCGGACUACGGCGACUAUGGGGACUAUGGAGACUAUGACUAUGGCAUGAUGGGCAUGUCGGGCAUGGGAAUGGGGCGCUACGGCAACGUGCCGUACGGAAUGGGGCGGCAGCGGAACAGGGACAGAGCCAACACGAUGCCCUGGCACAUGAACACGCUGGCGCCCAAAAGGAGAGGCUUCCGCAACCGUUCGGGCGGGCGAUCGGAUAGCGAAGGAGGGCGCAAGCGGAAACAGUCCCAGAGCGGCGACGAGCCCGACAGCAAACAGGCCAAGACCGACAGCGAAGGGGACGACACCGAGAACGAUGAGGGCGAAGGAGAGGAAAAAUCGGGAGAUGAAGCCGACAAAGGUGAGAAAUGGGAAUCGUGGCGCUCUUGGCAAAGGAAGGUAGGGCGGCUCCCGCGGCGCGCAGGCCUCCUCCGAUUCGUGGGAGGGAGGGAAAAGCGGAAGAACUGCCGGAAAACUGGGAGAAGCUUCGGCUUCCCCGAGCCCGGGGCCUCCGGAGACGGCUGCGAAGACGACGACGACGAGGUGAAGAAGAAGAGGGAGAAGCAGCGGAGGAGAGACCGGAUGCGCGACCGGGCGAUGGACAGGAUCCAGUUUGCCUGCUCCGUGUGCAAGUUCCGCAGUUUUGAGGAAGACGAAAUCCAGAAGCAUCUACAGAGCAAAUUCCACAAGGAGACCCUGCGGUACAUCGGUACCAAACUCCCGGACAAAACCGUGGAGUUUCUGCAGGAAUACAUCGUCAACAGGAAUAAGAAAAUCGAGAAGCGGCGUCAGGAGCUCACGGAGAAGGAGGGUCCGAAGCAGAAGCCGGAUCCGUUUAAGGGGAUCGGCCAGGAGCACUUCUUCAAGAAGAUCGAGGCCGCGCACUGCAUGGCCUGCGACAUGCUCAUCCCUGCGCAGACCCACCUGCUGCAGCGGCACCUGCGAUCGGCCGACCACAACCGGAACCGCAGGAUGGCCGCCGAGCAGUUCAAGAAGACGAGUCUGCACGUGGCCAAGAGCGUCCUCAACAACAAGCACAUUGUCAAAAUGCUGGAGAAGUACCUCAAGGUGAGCGAGCGGCGGCGCCGGGAAGCGCCGGAGCGCCCGGAACGCGGCCGCGGGAUGAGAUCUCGGCUCUGGAUCCUUCGCAGCUCCAGGCGGUUUAGCAGCUUCUCGCCUUGCUCCGUUACGAAACCGUCCAAACGGGGACGGGAUUUAACAUGA